UGCAAAAUAGUAUCACUAGUAAAAUUCCAUCUUUGUUUUUUUUUGUUAGAGAAGCUUUUCCUUUUUUCAGAGAUUGAUAGCUAUAGAGCUAUGAAACAAUAUUGGCUGCUUCGAUUUGUUUUCUUUCUCUUAUCAUCAUUUUGUAUCUUUUUCGUGACGACGACCCAUUCCCAAGUGAUCCACAACCGACGACUGUGGCCAUGGCUAACACAAGAAUCUGGUCCAGGCUCACCACCUAAUCCACCACCACAGAACCAAGCUACACCGGCACUGUUUUACUUUGGUGAUUCGAUCAUCGACACGGGAAAUAAUAAUAAUCUAACAACAGAAAUGAAAUGUAAUUUUAGUCCCUAUGGCAUGAACUUUCCUACGGGAGUUGCCACCGGUAGAUUCAGCAACGGAAGGGUCGCAUCUGACUAUAUAUCCCGAUAUUUAGGACUAAAAUCGAUUGUACCGGCAUAUUUGGAACCCAACGUACAACUAGAAGAACUUCUCACUGGCGUAUCAUUUGCUUCGGGUGGUAGUGGCUAUCACCAUUUAACAGCCAAAAUAUCAAGAGUAAGGUCAAUGUUGGAGCAGUUGACAUAUUUCGAACAAUACAUAGCGAGAGCAAAGAGGUUAGUAGGGAAAGAUAAGACUGAUCACUUAUUAGCCAAGGGCUUAGCCAUUGUGGUCGCAGGCAACAACGAUCUGCUUAUUACAUACUAUGGUCAAGGUUCUCAAUCGCUCAUAUACGACAUUCACAACUUCACAUCAAUGAUGGCUAAGUCUGCUGCAAGUUUCGUUACGCAAUUAUAUGGAUAUGGAGCAAGACAAAUAGCAGUGAUAGGAACACCACCACUUGGAUGUGUACCAUCACAAAGAACCAUAAAGGGAGGUCCUCGUAGAGACUGUGCUCAAGAUCUAAACUAUGCAUCUCAGCUUUUCAAUGCCAAACUCUUCAUCACGUUGGAUCAAUUGACUCAUGCCCUACCAAAUUCAAAUGUCUUCUACAUCGAUAUCUACUCUCCUUUUAGUGACAUCGCAGUAAACGCACAAGAUUAUGGGUUUGAGGAAAUAACGAAAGGAUGUUGUGGAACUGGACUUGUGGAAGCAGGUAUACUCUGCAAUCGAUUCACGACAGACGUGUGCUCCAAUGUAUCUGCUUACGUGUUUUGGGAUAGUUUCCAUCCUACCCAAAGAUUCUAUAAAAUUGUAGCCAAAAAACUAAUUGAGAGAUACAUCCACCAUUUGAAAUAAAAUGUAAUACCGUAUGCUUUUCGUUAUGCUCACGCAAUUAUAGCUAGAUGUAUAAAGUCAUUGUAAGACACUCUGGUGGUGUAAAUUGACGCUAUUAGAAAAUUUCAUCACUGUUCACAUGGUUUAUAGAAAUCUCAUCAGUGAUGAGCCAAGUUGUAGAA